AUGCCACGAAUCACCCAAGACCCAAACCUGGCAGAGUCACCAGACUUCGACAGCGUCGAGUUCCAGGCCGUCUACGCACCCUUGGCCACAGAGGCAAACCCUGUCGAGAACAUCAUAGGCACGCUCAAGGCCGCCUGGACACACGACAACGACACAAAAAAGGCAGCCUGGGAGGCCCAAGUCGAGCAAGACAAGGCAGCAGAAGAAGCGACCGAACAAGAGUGCCAGGCAGCAGUAGAGGCGGAGGAGGCUAUGAAGGAGAAGGAACUUCAAGAGACAGAAGAGGCGAACCAAUGCGAAAAGGAGAAGAGGAAGCCCAAGGUCCGGAACUUCACAGUCAACAAAGUCGUUGACAGCGUCUCCGACACCCGCCCAUCUCCGUACGCCAUCCACAAGCUCCGCCAAGGCGAGUACAUCGAGCUCUACUACUUCACACCAGAAGCGUGCUCUGAAGCAGAAAGAGCGGAACAAACUGCAGCUAAGGACAACAUCACCUUCAUGUCGGUUGGGGACCAGCUCUUCAUGAAGCCGGCAGCCGCAUACAAGGCGGCGAAGAAGGUCAUCCGGGAUGAAGACCUAACCUUUAAACAGUUAACGCUCGCCAAGAACAACAUGCUUUGCCACAUGGGCCAGGAGGAAUGGCCGGAGCAGCACAUCGUAGCCCUUGGCGUAUUCUUCUUCAAGCUGGAGAGCCAUCGCCUGCGAAAGCAAGACGGAGGUGACACCGUUGUGCUGCGCUACCAGUCGCAGGUCCGUCACGAGUGGACGGAGGCCCUCAAAGGUACCAGCGACGAGGACGUCUUUGACAUCAGCGUCAUCAACGACCUACGGCUUAACCAGAUGUACACCGAGCACCUCAACACUCAACAUAGCCAAGGCAUUUUACGCCGGGUGCAGCCACAACCUCGACCUUGUCGGCCUGCACCAUCUGCCUUGGUCGAAAUCCCCACAACGUCUACAGUUGCGCUUCAGAAACACUGUGGGACGGAGUCACCCCAGCCCAUUGCACCAAAAGCGACAGGGGGUGUCUCCUCAACCCAGCGAACACAAUCCUUUGCUCCGACUGGCAACGCAAGGCCGGAUGCAGCAGCACAUCUCACGACUCCAAACACGAGUGCUCCGGUUGCGGAAAGCCGACUCACGGAGCUCAGACGUGCCCUCGAGGGCAAAAAGCUUAAUUCGGGGUCACCCUACAAGCCGGAAGCAUGGAGGCAGCAUCUGGAGCGGGCUGGGCUUACCGGAAAGUACCCAAAUAUCCCAAGCGACCUUCAGCGGGGAUUUGACGCAGGGAUUCCUGUCAUCCGCACCACAUUCACCCCACCAAACAAACAAUCCGUUGCAGACUUCAGUGACAAAUUCGAUGAAAACUCGAAGGCUGAGUUCAAGCGUGGCCGAUACAUCGGACCAGUCACAAAAGCAGAGACAGAAGCCCUCCUGGGUCCAUUCCAGACGUCUCCUCUCUCUCUCAUUCCUAAACCCGCGCAGCUGGGAAAGUAUCGUAUCAUACAAAACCUCUCGCAUCCGCAUAAGCCCACCAGCAAUAUCACAUCUAUUAACAGUGCCAUCGACUCAGACCGCUUCCCAUGCACAUGGGGAACCUUCUCUGUCGUCUGCCUGCUCAUUGCGCGCCUACCACCCGGUUCGCAAGCAGCAGUGCGAGACGUCAAGGAGGCCUAUAGAACCAUACCACUCAAGCCAUCGCAAUGGCCAGGCAUUGUCGUCCGCCUUCGAGGAGAAGAUAAUUUCGCCAUCGACACCCGAAACUGCUUUGGACUCGCAUCAGGAGCAGGCUGCUAUGGGGCAAUUGGAGAUGCUGGGGCCCAACUCAUGCAGGCCAAUGGAAUCGGCCCACUCUCAAAAUGGGUCAACGAUCACCUGUUCUUUCGAAUAUGUCGAGAGCACUUCUCAGCGUACAAUGACCAGCGUAGCCAAUGGGCAGCCGACAUCCGGGAGAACAGAGGGGAACUGCAUGAUAGAGGAAGACUCUGGUUCCGUGGGCAGCUCAUGCCCAACGGAAAGCCAGAAGAGUUCGACGAGGACGUCUCCUUUCCAAUCAGAGAUCUCUCGCAGGCAUCUCCAAGAUCAGAGAUUCACUUACUGCAUUCAGUCGUCCCAUUCAUCGGUUUCCUCUGGGACCUGGAUCAGCGAGAGGUCGCUCUUGCAAGCGCAAAGCAGGAGAAGUACCUCAAGGCUAUUCGGGAAUGGGAGACGAGGAAGGAGCACAACCUUGAGGAGACGCAAAAGCUUUAUGGAAAGCUACUCCAUGCAUGCCUCGUGGUUCCAGCAGGACGUGCAUAUCUCACCAGCUUGGAGGCCCUCAUGGCAACCUUCCACGAUCGUCCUUUCAUGCCACGUACCCCACCAAGACAUACUACAAGCGAUCUACAAUGGUGGAAAGAGAAACUCCAACAACCCCAGAUCAUCCAGCCCAUCCCAGGCCCAGUCCCAAUCAUCGACCUUGCAGCAUAUUCAGACGCUAGCUCAAAGAUUGGCAUUGGGAUUACCAUCGGAAACAGGUGGCGCGCCUGGCGUCUGCUUCCAAAUUGGAAAGGCGAGGGCAGAGACAUUGGAUGGGCAGAGGCCGUUGGCUUCCUCUUCCUCGUCAUUGCGCUCGGCAACACUUACCGCCACCCUGGCAUCCAUUGCCUGGUCUACGGCGACAACCAAGGAGUCGUUGAGGGAUGGUGGAAAGGACGCAGCAGAAACUGGCCAAGCAACCUUAUCUUCCGCAAUAUUCACUCAAUCGCGGAAGAGAACAAGUUCAUCAUCCACACCCAGUAUGUACCUAGCAAAGAGAAUCCGGCUGAUGGACCCUCUCACGGCGAAUACGGCCCACCCACCCACCUUCUUGCUGCCUUUGAAAUCCCAGUCAACCUCAGGCCAUACGUCACAGACUACCACACACCUCUUUGCUCAACUGAGCUCCGUCUUAUACGGGAAGGAAGAGCACCAAUGGCAGCCCCAAGACUCGAUGCAGCGUCAAGGCGCCAGCAGUGUAGAACCGCAGACGAAGGCCAGGCACAACCAAAUCGCAGCAUCCAAGAGGUGGACACAGUGCACCCCACCUGCCCACCAGCACCAUACCAAGAAGCACUUACUCCACAUUUCUCACCGCAACGUCCCCAUGUGCUCGCACAAGAACAGUUGACGUGUUGGAAGCCAACCACCCCACAAAAUGUCCUUGACGGUAAUGGCCAUCCCACCAACCUAACCGAAGCCGACCUCCACAGAAUCCUGGAGGUAAUGGAGGGUGCAUGGGCGGAAGGCACACGAGAGGGCUAUGGGUCAGGCCUGCUAGUAUACCACGUAUUCUGCGAUCAGAAAGGGAUCAGCAAAGAGCAACGGGCGCCUGCGUCUCCCAUCCUCAUUGCCUCGUUCAUUGCUACUAUCACAGGUGCAUACGCGGGAGGCACCAUUUCCAACUAUGUCUUUGGAGUGAGAGCCUGGCACCUUCUUCAUGGGGUCUCAUGGCAAAUGAAUCCUAGUGAGCUCGAGACACUCUUGAAGGCAGCUGCAAAGGCAGCCCCAGCCUCAACAAAACGGAAGAAGAGGCUACCGUACACAAAAGAGUUCAUGCUGGCUAUUCGCGACAAGCUGGACCUUGAAACGCCGCUGGAUGCCGCCGUCUAUGCAUGCCUCACAACGACCUUCUGGUCAGCCGCAAGACUCGGAGAGUUCACAGUUAAAAACCUCACAGACUUCAAAGCUACGCACCACGUCAAACCAUCAGAUGUAAUAACCACCACGGAUGCCAACGGUUUGACGAUGUUGGAGUUAGCCAACCCAGCAUUUACUCGAACUUACCAGAAUAUUUGA